UGUCAGUGCGCUAUAGAGCGCAGUGCGAGUGGCAAGUUCCGAUAAGUCACAGAGGUGACGAAAGUUGUGUAGUUCGGGAAAAUAGCAGAAGAUGGCGUUCAAGUGCAAGUUCAUAGCUUUCGCGUGUUUAAUCGUGUUAGCAACAGCAGCAGGUCCAAGGAACAGGAAACCAGCGAGUACGGCAGCGCCAGCUCGCGUGGCCAGUUCAGACCCGGAUACAGAAAUCACAAGCUCCUGUCCUGAAGAUGGCUUCUUCGCAGAUGCGGAACAAUGCGACAAAUACUACGAGUGCAGAAACGGUGAAAUAAUUGAAAAGCUCUGUCCUGAUGGUAUGGUGUUCAACGAUUACAACCCCAAUGAUGAGAAAUGUGACUUGCCAUUCAACAUCGACUGCUCUCAGCGCCCCAAAUUACAAACACCCAUCCCAUCUCUACACUGUGUCCGCCAAAAUGGUUACUUCUCGCACGAGGAACCUAGCGAAUGUGGAAAAUUCUACUUCUGCGUGGACGGCAAGUUCAACAUGAUCACGUGCCCCGAAGGCUUGGUGUACAACGAGAAGACUGGUAUCUGCACAUGGGCUGAUGAAGCUAAGAAGAAGGGAUGCGGUGCCGGUGACAUAUUCCAGUUCGACUGCCCACAAGUGAACGAAACCUUCGGUCUUACUCACCCACGUUACGCUGACCCUGAAGACUGCCAAUUCUUCUACGUGUGCAUCAAUGGUAACACACCACGUCGCUCUGGCUGCAAGCUCGGUCAGGCCUUCGACGAUGUACAGAAGAAGUGCGAGUGGGCGAGGAAGGUCCCAGAAUGCAAAGACUGGUACAAGGAUCGUCUCACCGACGCUGAAUUAGAAGCCCUAGAAAACCCCCCCGUCGCCAAGCCCAAACCCUCUGGUGCCCCAUCUCGCCGCAAGCCCCAACGCCCCAAAGGCAAAGUAGCUGAAGUCGUAGUAGAAGAAAUUGUAGAUUAGGAACAUAGUAUAAGUUAAUUAAGUAGCCAUUUAAUAAAUAUUUUUUACAAAUUUA